AUCCUGCCAAAGAGCUGCACGCGAAGAACCUUCUCCUCGACGACAGAAGCUGCAAAGCCAAAGCUCAAACAUGCAAACACCUCCAAGCCUUCACAAAAUCUCUGUUACAUGGAGGGGAAAGAGGUUUGUCAUAGAGAUGAAUUCAGGUGCCACUGUCAAGGAGCUUGGAGAGGAGUUGCGAAAGCUGACUGAUAUCCAAGAAGAUACUAUGCGUUUCAUUAUUCCACAGGUUUCCAGCAAUGCCUCAAAAUUAAUGUCUCCCUUCUCUACAGAGCAUUCUUUUUUAAGUCUGCAAGAAGCUUCCAUUACUGAGGGUAAGUCAAUUAAAAUGAUGGGUGUGUCAGCAAAUGAAGUUGAGCAAGUUCUACAAGAUGCAAAGGUGAAUUUAAGGAUAGCUGGAUUUGAGGAAGAGGAAAAGAGAUUGAAACAAAGAAGUUCAUAUGGACCUGUUUCGUUGAAGCUUCCACAAGGGCCUUAUAUCUUCAGUCAAUUUCAGACGCUUGAAAUUCCAGGAGUGAAGCUGAACCCUCCUCCCUCUGAGGCAUUAAAGAGAAUGCAUAUGCUUGCUGCAGAUCCUGGAGUUGUUGCUAUCAUGAACAAGCAUCGUUGGCAUGUAGGAAUUAUGACUGAGAUGGCUCCUAUUGGGUAUGUUGGUGUGAGCCCAAAGUGCAUUCUUGGUUUCAACAAGAACCAUGGAGAAGAAAUAUCUUUGCGACUUCGAACUGAUGACCUCAAGGGUUUCAGGAAAUAUGAAAGCAUCAAGAAAACUCUCCUGCAUGAACUUGCGCACAUGGUACACUCUGAACAUGAUGCCAAUUUUUUUGCUCUGGAUAAACAGCUAAACCAAGAAGCUGCUAGUUUAGAUUGGACUAGAUCUGCUAGCCACACGUUGGGUGAUGCCAGAAGUUCUGACUAUUUUGAAGAAGAUUUUGAAAGUAAAAAUAGCAAUAUUCCGCAGAAGGUUGGAGGUAAUAGGUCAGAUCAGCUAGCAAGUGCUCGAGCUUCUUCAGUUGCUGCUGCUUACUAUCGUAUGGCUAAUGCAUCUUCCCAAAAGGCCAGCGGGUCUGAAGUGAAUGAAGAGCCAGAUCCAGAUGAUUCUAGUUUGAUAGCAAGUGACAGAACUGAUCAUGUGAAUUCUGAAUCAAAAGAAGUCAUUGAUAUGAACGUGACUUCUCAUGCUGACAGAGAACCUAAUAGUGAGCCUGACCCAGAUGAUUAUGCAGCCAAGGUGAUAAAGCAAGAGCCUGAUCCAGACGAUUCCAACAGUGUAACAGCAUUAAGUACUGAUGGGUCUGAUUCAUUAGGUUCUUUUGUUACGAUAAAUGUUAAACCUCAAGCUAUUGAAGGCAAGAAUUCUGAAGAAUUUGCUCAAAAUGUACCUAAUGCUGAAGUAGUUGUGCUGGCCGAACCUGAUCCUGAUGACGUGGCGGUGCCUCCAACAGAAUCAUCUGCGAUGCAAACUGAUGAGCCGGAUCCUGAUGAUCAAGAAUCACAGAGGAUCAAUGAUCCUGUGACCAUAAAUAUUGGAUCUCAAGCUAUUGGAAGAAACAUAGCUUCUAAACAAACUGCUCAUAAUGGACCUGAUGCUGGGGAAAUUGCACUGGCAGAACCUGAUCCUGAUGAUGUUGUGGGGCCCCCACCAGAAUUAUCUACGAUGCAGAUUGAUGAGUCUGAUCCUGAUGAUCGAGAAUUGCAAAGGAUCAAUGACCCUGUGGCUGAUGUUUGUAACCGUCUGCAGAAAACCCUGGAAGUGCUGAGAACUGAAGUUAGUCCCAUGCAGACUGCUUCAGUUCUCCAGACUCUCUUAAAAAUUAUCAGGAAUGCGAUUGAGCACCCUGGUGAGAUGAAAUACAAAAAGCUACGGAAGGCUAAUCCUGUUAUUGAGAGGAAUGUUGUGAACAAUAAAGCUGCAUUGGAAAUUCUAUUCUUGGUUGGCUUUAAGGAAGAUGUUAUGUUUGAUGAGCUUGGGAAGGCAGAAUCAUACCUAGCAUUGAAACGGAAUGAUCCUGGCCUAUUGUGGUUGGCUAAGUCUUCGCUUGAGUCAUGCACUAAUUUAUAAACCAAGAGUCUGUGGAAGGCAAAGCAGAAUGGUAAAGGCAAUGCGAUUUUAUGCAUAAUGUUUUAUAUAUUGGGGUGAUCAAAGAUAGACAAUUUGUAUGGUUGAAUGUCGAGUAUAUACAAUUUGUAUAUAAUAAAAGGGUCGGAUAACAUAUGUGGAAUAUUGAAUUUCGGGGUGGUGGGAGAAUGGGAUUAUGUUGGUGGAUGAACUCGUUGAUCAUGUAAGAUAUCCGGCACAUGUUCAACUUGCCUUGUUAUAUUGUAAGCAAAAGCUAGAUGUAAAUAGAUGUUGUAUUGAAUGUUGCGGUGUAUGAAGAUUUAGAAAGAGGAUGCUGUGGAAGAAA